AUGGGUCACCACACCAACUGUAGCAAGCUUGCUGAGGCCUGCUACAAGGGCUACGUUGCCACGCCUCCGAUCAACACAACGUAUGGCCUGCAGGUCCUCUUUGCCGGUACCAUCGAAGACAAUCAGAAGCUGGCAGAGUGCGUCGAAACUCGCCUGGGCAAUUCCAUCUCCUACGAGAAUGGCUUUACGAGCAACUUGGGCUGUCAGCUUACGCUCAACAGGUCUACCAUCGGCGUUGAUCGCAGCACGAACGCGGCCUGGCCGAAACAUUCGACUAAGAACAAGGUCCCUACGUUCUUCACGUACUUGGCCAUCUUCCUUUCGAUCAUUUCGUGCUUCACCAUGGUGACCGCUGCGGAGCCUUUCAAGACUCACUGGCCCCACCGCGGCCGUCUCCAACCCGGUCAGCUGCGAAAGCUGGGUCACGGCUCGUGGGACAACAUGACGUAUCACACCAAUGAUGACGGUCAGCUGCAGACGAUGCAUCACGGUUCUUCUGGCAAAACCCUCCGCCCAAUCAUGAACACGCAGGCGGACAUGUGCCCGGAGUGUGAUCUUCUGUUCUGGGACGGACCUCAUUGCACGGGGAACUUCUACCGCCUGAUGAGCGAGGCGGAGCCGGUUGACGGCAAGUGCGACUUCCCAGUAGGCCGUUUCGGAUGCGCAAACUUGGGUUUGAAGCCUAACGCCAUCCUCUGGGUGAGCCCUGGCAAUCGCGAUUCACCCUCGGAGGCGAUCGUGACGAUUGAUCAGUCGUGCCCGCCCAAGCCCAACGGAGGAACCGCGAUCAAGCCGCACGGCCAUUGCGUGCCCCUGGGCACCGUCAGCGGCGGCGAAGGCCUAACGUGCUAUUUUGCCGGCGGCUCGCCCAUGCGCAAGCGUCGAUUGUCUAACGGCUGCGAUAACUUUGUAACGGAGUCCCAUUACGAGUCGCAGUCUGGCAUCGAACGUGUCAGCCCCACCAUCGACUGCACGAGCAGCACCUCAGACUGCACUGUCCAGGCCACUCAGUCAAAGACCCAUACGAUUCAGAGCUCCUGGUCUUUAGACAACGGCGGGGAGUUCUUUAGUCUCUCGGUCCACGCCAUCUUUGGUCAAGAGUACAGCGAUGAGGUAACAACGGGCUUGAGUGAGAGCUUCGUCAUCGGAUCAGGAUAUAUGGGCUACAUAGGCGCCUAUACGCCGGUAACUGUGUUUGUUGGCACUUUCACCGGGUGCGACGACGGCAUUGACAAGCACGGCCGGGCCUUUGCUAUUAAAGACGAGGUUCACUACCGUCUAGUCAACACCAAUUGGUGA